AUGUCAUCGAGCGAAAAGCUAAAAUGGGUCGAAACGAAUUCUGUGGAGAAGGAAGAAUAUCCAGGGCUUGAAGCAAAUGGCCAACCGGAUAACGGAGGCGCAAACCCGAGGAAACAGGACAGGAGCAAUGCCGCUUGGGUCUGUGCAAAAUGCUCAAACUUGGGUCUUUCUAUGGAUAGAUUCCUCAUCAAUAAUGCACAUAACGUGGAAAAGGGCCAAUACUUCACCAAGGAGUCUCCAACCGCUUUUUCGCCGAAGCAGGCGAAUACAAAAUAUCCUCUUGGAACCUUUGAGGAAAUUUCGAGUCGAAGCUACUAUUGCAAGUUCUGCGAGCUUGUCACGAGAUCUGUCGGGACCGGAGAAGAGACGGCCUGGACCGAAGAACAACAACGCGCCACAUGUUAUGUGACUUGGGAAAUUGAUGGUCGCAGUGCGGGUAACAGCCACGAGCGUGUCAAGGCUCGUACUCGAAGGCUCCAUCUUCAAUGGGAAAAUGGCAUGCUUGAAGAUGCGUACCUAGUCUUGGUCACACAGAAUCGUUACAACCUGAUCAAUUCCGACGCGAGACACAUGUGGCAGGAAAAUUCGCACUUUCUGGCACGGAAGGUGUCGUCCGAAGCAAGUCGAGAAACGCUAGUCAAAAGCUGGCUGGAUGACUGCCUCGAUAACCAUGGAAGGGAUUGUUGGCAUUCCGCAAGAGAGAAAGCAGCCUUUCAAGAGGUGACUGGCCAGUCGUACUUUGGCGUCAUCGAUGUUGAACAAAUGUGCUUGACCACUCUUCCACAGAAUCCCGGGAGACGGUUUGAAAGCGAUGGCGACGACGACGACAGAUAUUCAGAUGCUUCGGAUCAUAGCGAGAUGGGACAAGAAACACACGACCGUUACGUCGCCUUGAGCUAUGUAUGGGGCGGAAACAAUGCGGAGAAGACGGUCCAUAACAAUGUCCUUACACGGCUGCUUCAUGGUGGGCUGGAAGAGCCGUUCAAGAAAAUGCCCAAGGUCAUCCAGGAUACGGUCAAGCUCGUUCGCCGUCUCGGUUACCGCUACCUGUGGAUCGACGCCAUAUGCAUCGUUCAGAACAGUGCUCGUUCAUGGAAGCUCAAUGCGGAAAUCAUGAACAUGAUCUAUCGCAACGCUGACCUGACGAUAUGCGCUGCGGAUGGAGUCGACGCCACAGCCGGUCUGAAAGCCUUAAGCAAGCCAACACACUCACAGAUCAUUGUGGAGUGUGCACCCGGGUUGCGACUAAUGGUCUGCCGCUUGGCCGAAGCGAGCAUCAAGAAAUCCAAAUGGAACACCCGAGGAUGGACAUUUCAAGAACGGCUUCUGUCCAGACGGUGCCUGAUAUUCACCGAAGGGCGCGUCAUGUUCCAGUGUCGAUCCUCUGCCAUGUCCGAGGAUAUAGUCACGGCUCCUGGAAGCGUGGAAAAUGCCUCCAGAUGGUCUUUGGAUCUGCUGCAGUCCCCACUUCAACUGCUGAACUCCCUAGCCCCGCGACCCAUCUGGUUUUACAUGAACUGUGUUCAGCUCUACUCGGCCAGAGACCUCACCAAAUCGGGCGACAUCUUAGCAGCUUUCAACGGUGUUUCGAACCAUAUCGAGGACACUUUGAGCUCUCCCUUGACUUUUGGUCUUCCAACAUCUCAUUUCGACCUUGCUCUACUCUGGAUUCCUCUUGGAUCAUCACAGCGGCGGAUGGGAGACGAGUCCGAGGAUGAACGCUUCGACGACGAGCCGUCCCGACGCAGAAACAGCGGACACACGCGAGAGACGAAUUUUCCGAGCUGGUCAUGGUGCGGCUGGCAAGGAUGCACCAUGGAUUAUUUGACAAACAGCAUGAUCGACGACUGCCUGGAGGAUGUCAACGAAUGGCUGACCCAUCACACCUGGAUCCAAUGGCACAUCCGCGAUGGUCGCGGCCGAUUACGUCCGUUAUGGGAUUCCACCUCGGCUCGAGAGCCGAGAUUCACCGAGAAACGGUGGCGCGGGUACAGCUCCGAGUCGGACGAUCUUCAGGUCUUUAGUAGGCUUGCACCCAUUGCUCGGAAGGGUAGAUGGCAGCCUACUGAUAUCCUCGAGGAAAGGAAGGUUGCGGAAGAAAGAAAGAUGUAUGAGAGAAAGGUUGAGGAAGAAAGAAAGAUGUACGAGAGAAAGGUGGAGGAAGAAAGAAGGAAGCGGGAGAUGGAGGCUGAAGAGGAAAGAAGAAUGCGGGAGAAGAAGGCAGCGGAAGAAAGAAGAAUGCGGGAGCUGAAGGAGAUAGAGAGGUUGAAGGCUGAAGAAGAAAGAAGAAUGUGGGAGCUGAAGGAGAUGAAGGAGAUGGAGAGGUUGAAGAGAAAGAAAGCUGCGGCACGCCGCACUGCAACCGACACGGCGCACGACCAAUACGGCCGCGUCAUUGGUCUGCACCACCACCACAUGGGUGAGAGAAUGUAUUUCCAGCGGACUAUCCCAGAGAGCCCCUACAAAGUCAACAUGACGGAAUACACUCCGGAUAAGGACAUGGAGUACCCGGAUUCGCCUAUCCUGCAGUUCUGGACACACUCGGCUUUCCUGCGCCUGUAUCCCUCAGAGCAUGAUAGAAAGAACGGACUCGUCCGGUUCAGCAUCACAGACGUGUCGAACGACUGGUGCGGCACGAUUCAGCUUUCGGAGAAUUGGGUCGAAGCGGAGGAAGCGCGGCAGAAAAACGAGGGGCUCAACUGGGACAGUGCGCAGUACGAGUUCCUCGCGCUAUCAGAGGCGAAGAAGUUCACCGAGGAGGAGUGCGGCGCGUGGACGUACUACCUGCCGCUGGAGCGGAAACAGUCAGAGUGGGAUUUGUACUUUGUCCUCCUGACCGAGAAGAGGAACGGCACGUGGAGCCGCGUGGCGCUCGGCAAGGUCUUCUCGACUGCCUUCGAAAACGAGCUUGGGGGAUCUUCUGAGUGGAAGGAGAUCGUGUUGGUGUGA